GACCAACCAAGCAUUGUUUCUGUACGUGAGACUCGGUGGCGUCCGUAGCAAUUUCCUUCUUAUCUCUUUCUCUUUCUUUUUGUUUCGUUGCACGAGUGAUAUCUGUCCUUCAUCACCAAAUUAGACAUUCCUGUAGUCGGUCCUGGACUACACGCCACACGCAUACUUCGUUGCGUGCGGUAUACAGCGUAGUACAUUUCACGUCGAGGAACGAAAAUGGGAGAAUGCAAAGACACCAUAUCAGCCCCGAUAGCGGAGAACUAUCAUGUAGAAGUGGUAGAUUCGCGACCAGAUUCAUCCCCGUAUACUGGAUCUCACGCUAUUCUACACUUCGGAGAUGGGCCACCGCUUAGCGUUCCUAUUGCUUUGCUCGACAAGUACUCCAAGCUAUCCUCGCAUUGCGAAUGGGAUAUGUCGCUCCAUUUGGAGGACAUCCCUGGCGACACUGGUCACGUCCUCGUCUACUACUUCUUGACCGGCAUGUAUCAAUGCCUCAGGCCGAAAGGAACAUCCUUCCUCGAGAAGAGUGCUGCCGAGUUCGGGACAAGUGUCCGAGCGUACGCGAUUGCCCGGGAAUAUGAGCUAUCUGCAUUAGAAACGCUCGCUAAGGGCGAAAUAGAGCGCCUUGGGCGCGAUAUACCAGUGACGCAGCUCCUCGACAUGGUGAUGAACGCCUAUUCACCACCUACAGCUGAUGAUCCGUGGUUUCAUAACUAUCUCAAGUCGCUGAUCGAGCCGCUUAUGGAAAACCCUCCCGUACACCUAAUAAGCAGCCCUGCGGAGCAGUCUGGCCAGACUUUGUCAGUUUUAGGUAUUCUUCUCAGGGCUAUCGUCGAACUAUGGAGCGAAAAGAAGCGCGUACUACAGCCGAGUCCUAGCUGUUCGGUUACAGGCCAGUGCCAAGGAGAGCCUACCGCCAUUAUACCUUCUGAGGAAGGGCCAAUCCCCGAACCGGAACUUGACGAGAUCGGGAACUUGGUGGUAAAAUCGAGGAAGAAGAAGGGGCCAGGACCUGGCGCGUUUAAUCGUACCUAAGGCGUUGCUUAUGCAAACGGCACAGAUAACACAGUCGCGUCUGGGCGGCUUCGUCGGACGCGAGAUACUCCACGUCCCUUUCUCACGGAAAACGCGGUCUGUGCCUGACGUGCUAGACCUCUACGCAGACCUAUACCGUCAAAUGCGUAGUCGCAGAGGUCUAAU